CUUGACCCCGAACCUCGACCAGCUGCAAGGAACCUCACGUCCCAUUUACGUGUCUGCACCAACCGCACAACAUGGCGCCCGCUAUGCAGCACGUCUUCAUCGAUGGCACGUUUGCCGAUCUUGCGAAGGAGUUGGGAGAUUACCUCAACAUUGGCGCAGAUAUUCAGCCCCUCCUCGAUAACAACCAGAAGGAUGAAGCCCUCAAGAAACUUGUAACGGCCUCUACCGCCCUUAACUCGACCCCAGAGAAGGAGUUCACUGCUGCAUAUAAUCUCUUGGUCUACUUGGUCCUGCAGUCUCCAAACGUCAACAUGUUCCUCCCCCGCAUUUGCGAGAAUCUUUCCAAGCCAAUUACCUCCUCCCCCAUCAACGGCCCAGGUCUCGCGCUUAGCGUUCUCACUACUAUUUUCAACCUCCUGGCACCUGAUAAUGAGGUCCGCUUCAACGUCUUCCAGGCAAUCCUCCGACUAGUCAAGGCGGGCGGUCUCUUCGAGAUGCUGAAGCCACAGCUGAAGAAGUUGGAUUCUUGGCUUGAGGAGUGGGAAGUUGACGAAGAAGAUCAGCGCAAACUGUUCGGCCAAAUUGCAGAUGUUGCAGAGGAUGCUGGUGAAGAAGAGCAAGCCUACCAAUACAUUCUGAAGUCACUCCGCACAUUUGACCCAAAGGACCCCGAGGAGAUCUCUUCGACCGAAGCACAAAACCUCUCCCUUCGUGCACUCAAGGCUGCUCUCCUUUCAAACACGCACUAUGACUUUCACGAUCUUACUUCCCUUCCUACAGUUCAAGCCCUAAGCGAUUCCCACCCCAUCUACUCCGAAUUGCUUGAGAUCCUUGCCGAAAAAGAACUCGAGGACUACAAUGACUUCAGAGAUGAACAUGAGGGGUUCAUUGAGAAGGAGGGUCUGGACAACAGCAAGUUACACCGCAAGAUGAGACUUCUGACCCUGGCAAGCUUGGCGGCCAGCACGCCAAGCAAGGAGCUUGAGUACAAGCGCAUCUCCAAGGCUUUGCAAAUCCCUGGAGAGGAUGUUGAGAGAUGGGUGAUUGAUGUUAUCCGUGCGGGUUUGGUUGAGGGCAAGCUGUCACAGCAGAAGCAGGUCUUCCUCAUUCACCGAACUACGUACAGGGUCUUUGGCGAGAAGCAGUGGCGUGAGGUUGCUACGAGAAUUGAUACUUGGAAGAAUACCUUGAGAUCUGUCAAGGAGGUUAUUAGCAGGGAGAGACAACAGGCAGAGAUGCAAAAGGAGCGUGAGAUGCAGGAGGUUGAGCGAAAGGCUGCUGGUCUUUCCGGCAUGAGUGCUGGACGAAGAACUGGUGGUAAGGAUAUGAUCGAGAUGGGUACUGAUUAAGAGCCGAAGCAUCUCGCUUCAUCUCGGAUUUCGGUAUCCAAAAGUCUUCUCACGGCGUUAUUAGAUUUUUGUACACUGGUCGCAUAGGCAUCUGGCAUGGUGCAGGGUGAUUCUCAGGCUUUCGAUGAUGAAUAUAUGAGGUUCAUAUGAGCGAUUUUGCUGGAUCCUAGC